AUGGAUCACAGCGGCGCUUCAGAGGUGUUGUACGCGGGGUUAUGUAAUAAGAUAGGGACACCAGAGGAAGUGAGGGUCAGGAGAGAAGUCCAACACAUGUCUGAGAUGAUUGAUCAACCUCUGCAGAUUUCCCAAGGAUCGAGAUUUGCAGAUACCGGAAGUUACGCAGAGGGUUUUCGAUUUAAAUCAUCUGAUCGAGAUAAAAUGUCCUGGCCAUGUAAUCAUAAAGUGCUAUGUGAUAUGUCUCGGUCUGCAAUUCAUCAUUCAUCCAAAGACACACUUCUUCUCAUGGAGACUUCUGAUACACCGGGUGGUUAUGCUCGCUUGCAAUUGCUUACAUCCUCUAGAAACUCGAUUGUGAACGCUUCACUUGCAAGUAUUGACAAUGUCGUUUAUAUUUCAAGUUCUUUGUUCAGGAGCCUGUGGUAUAAAAAGCUCCGUGGAAUCGAUCCACAUGUUGGAGAGGAGAUCUUGCACGGUCCAUGUUACAGUUGCAGGGUUUUUACAAUUGAAAGCGACUUUACACGUUGUUUUCAUUGUCCAGACUGGCCCUCUGCCGCUUUGAAUUCAAUUAAGAGAUACAGCGUACUUCAAAACUUUCUCAAAGAUGGAUGCAUUCUUGUUCCAAUAGGAAGUAAGCAGCCAAAUGAUUUUGAGGAUCUGGAAUGGAGAAUUUCUUUUGCACUCUCGGAACGAAGACUUGUAUACCGUAUGAACCAUGUACAGUUUCUUUGCUACGGAUUGUUGAAAAUAUUUUUGAAGGAAUCCAUCUGUGACGAUUUGCUGAGUUCGUAUUUCAUGAAAACUCUCGUGUUUUGGCAGAUACAGAACAAUAACUCUAUGCCUUGGGCUCCAUAUACUCUAGUUCAGCAUUUCUGGAUAUGCUUUAAGUUUCUAUUGCAUUCCGUGUAUAUGGGAUGUCUACCGAAUUUCUUCAUACCAGAAAACAACAUGUUCCUAGGAAAAGUCGUAGGGCCACAACAGAUGACCUUGUUUCAAAAGCUGGAGAAGUUAUACACAAUGGGUGUGACCUGUCUUCUUCAGAGUCCGUCUCUCACAGAAAUCCUCAUCCCGACCCUCUCUGCUCUGGAAUUGAAAAGUAACAUCAAGUCGGAGUUAGAUAUAGAUUUUGCACUUUAUAAAGAGAUGCAAGAACCAAUGCUAGAUUUCCCUUGUACAGAUUUUCAACAGAUUAAGAUAUUUUUGGAAACAAUUGAAACACUUUCACAAUUCAGUCGCAGAACUUCUUUUCGGUUACAUGCAGUUGAUGUGCUUAUAUCAAUUGGCAUGUCUUUGAAAUUGAAAUGUGCUCUCCAGACCAAAAAUAAACUUUAUUAUCAAAUUAAUAAGUUGAUUAUUCAAAUGUUAACCCAAGUUUCACAAAUGGGCUUUAUUUCGGAUAUGCUUUAUCUGGCGAUGUACCUUUAUGACAUUGGUAGAUAUAAAAGAGGGUUAGUUGUCCUUAACAUAGCCAAAGUGAAGCUCUCGCAACCCGUUGUUAUGUAUAAUAGCGAAGUGGACGAGCAGAUCUACUGUAGAUUAAUGGGAGGAUAUUCGCUGUCUACAAAAAUGAAUAAUGCAUGGGCAAGACAUGUUACGAUUAAUUCAUGCUUUAUGUACAUAGACGAAUUUAAAUUGGAACAAGAGGCCACCAGGAAAAGCGGAGUAGAGGUGUUCCGUGUUCCUCCUUUGGUGUUGACACACAUGCUGUCUGUACUGUGUUACCAUAGGCUGGGCGAUAAGCCUCGGUGUCAACAGUCACUGACAGACCUACGGACCCUACUGCACUCCGACGAUAGGAAAAACGUACCAAAAAUUUUCAGAGAAGUAUCCUGGCAGAUACUAGGCAUCUGUCAACAAGUUGUUGGAGAGUUACGUGAAGCGUUAGAAUCUUUCCAGCAAGCACUGGAACAACCUGGAUCAAUCGAUAGACUUAUAAACAAAGGAAUGCGGUCCAGAGAGAUGGGGAACAUUUAUAAGGCUUUACAGAUUACACCUAUGUUUGUGGAAUUUGUGAGAAAAUUUCUAAGAAUCAACACUAUCCAGGAAGCUACACAACAGAGAAUGGCUUCAGUGUGCAGUCAAAUGGGUUAUUAA